ACAGGUGUCGUGCCGUCACUCGGGCCGGACCGCCCUAACCUCGGUUCGCGCUCGUCGCACUCGUUUCGCUCCGCGCGGCGUCGCGCGACGUCAGGCGUAUCCUGCGUUCAGAAGUGCGAGGACGGACGACGAUGUACGGUCCGCGAGUACGUUCUCCCUGCACCGGGCGACGUUAAUUGGCUGGAUCUCGGCGUGGCAAGAAAGGUGCGUAUCGGGACGGGAAAAUCGACCGAGUUCGCUUUAAUAAACUUACGCGUCGUCCAUCUCUCUCUCUCUCUCUCUCCCUUCGCGACUCGUGCACGCGUUUUAUCGCGGGAUUUUAUACCGCGGAACGCGACGUUCUUACUCUCGCUCCCUUCUCGAGCGCGGAGAAUCUCGUCGUCGACCGGCGGAGGAGAACCUGAACCGAGGCGAAGUCGCGCCCCGUGGAGGCGCGUUAACGAUCGGGGGCAGAUUCUCUCUCUUCCUUCGAAGCACGAGUCACCGCGAUUUUUUACGAUCGCGAUACUUGAAGGCGGAAUUCUACGUCGCGCGGAGGAAUCUCGAGAAUCUGCGAUAAUUUCGCUCGCGCAUGCAAGUGUCACUUAUCCGAGAGAAUACCGUCCCUUAUCGCGCCGGCGUAAUUAACGUAUAUAACGUGUCUGUGUGAUUUCGACGUGUGAUAUCCUCGGAGCAACACGACCCGGAGAGAGCGCCCAGGACAGUUUAUUUCAAGAGGAAGAGUAUCCUCCGAGGAACCAGCCUGGUAUCAGCGACGACUUGGUCCCCUCUUGCUCAAGGAAAUACGUGUCAUCAUACGCGACGAAACCGCCGACAAUGAGAAAAGUCAUGUAAUUCCACGAAGAGUUUAGCGCAGAGAAAUUCGGCGUCGCGAAGAAAAAUCAAUCAAACUUGAAGUCUCUCUCGUCCGAAGAUCUAAAUCGCGAGUUUGGUCGCGUGGAAGAGACUGGGUGAUGAGCAGCUCGUGGUACAAGCGGAGGACUGCCGUCGUUGAAAGAUGUUUCGCUUCAAGAUUCGCAUUCACACAUGUCAAGUGAUACUGCUGACGUCCCUGGUAUGGUUCCUGAUCGACGUUAUAGUGCUCAUGUUCUAUUCGGACUGCAUCGGAGGGUCCGGAUGGAACUGUCCGGACAACAAGCAGCAACAGUCCGCGCUUCUGUCCGAGGAGCCAUUACAUCCGAAGAUCCCGGUCGGCGAGGCGCAGGCGUUGUUGAAGCACGAGUACCAAGUCGGUACCAAGAGACAGUAUUCGCAGAAUAAGUUGCACGUAUGGCGACCUGCAAGGGUCGUCAAGGAGACUAAGGGCAGCCCCGGUGAGAUGGGAGCUGCGGUGCACAUCGCCCCGGAGAACGAGGCCAAGCAGCAAGAACUGUUCAAGCUGAAUCAGUUCAACCUGAUGGCCAGCGACAUGAUCUCCUUGAACCGAUCCCUGAAGGACAUCAGACUCGAGGGUUGUAAGAGUAAGAAGCAUCCCAAGUAUCUUCCGGAUACGAGUAUCGUGAUAGUUUUCCACAACGAGGCGUGGACCACUCUGCUGAGGACAGUCUGGUCUGUGAUUAACAGGUCUCCUAGAUCGCUGCUGAAGGAGAUCAUCCUCGUGGACGACGCGAGUGAACGAGAACAUCUAAAGCAAGACCUAGAGGACUAUAUAACCACCCUACCUGUUCCUACGUAUGUGUAUCGCACCGAAAAGAGGUCGGGCCUGAUAAGGGCGAGGCUUUUAGGGGCGAAACAUGUCAAGGGACAAGUAAUCACAUUUCUAGACGCACACUGCGAGUGCACCGAGGGUUGGUUGGAGCCGUUACUCGCAAGAAUUGCUAAUGAUAGGCACACUGUUGUCUGUCCGAUUAUAGACGUUAUCAGCGACGAUACCUUCGAAUACAUCCCAGCCAGCGACAUGACGUGGGGUGGUUUCAAUUGGAAAUUAAACUUUAGAUGGUAUAGAGUCGCACAGAGAGAGAUGGACAGAAGAAACGGCGACAGAACAGCACCGCUACGAACACCAACUAUGGCCGGCGGAUUAUUCUCCAUUGAUAAGGAAUACUUCUACGAAUUGGGCGCGUACGACGAAGGCAUGGACAUUUGGGGCGGCGAAAACCUUGAAAUGAGUUUCCGGAUAUGGAUGUGUGGUGGGACAUUGGAAAUUGCGACAUGCUCGCACGUUGGGCACGUAUUCCGUAAAUCGACCCCGUAUACCUUCCCGGGCGGUACCAGCAAGAUAGUCAACCACAACAAUGCGCGGCUCGCGGAAGUUUGGUUGGACCAAUGGAAGUACUUCUAUUACAACAUUAAUCCAGGGGCGCGAAACGUCGACGUCGGCGACGUCUCCGAACGGGUAAAGCUCAGAGAACGACUAAAGUGCAAGAGCUUCAGAUGGUAUUUGGAGAACAUAUAUCCGGAAUCGCCGAUGCCGCUAGAUUAUUACUAUCUCGGCGAUGUGAAGAAUGUUGAGACGCAAACUUGUUUGGAUACUAUGGGUAGGAGAACCGGAGAGAAUGUCGGAAUUAGUUAUUGUCAUGGAUUAGGUGGUAAUCAGGUAUUUGCGUAUACUAAGCGGCAACAGAUAAUGUCCGACGAUAUGUGCCUUGAUGCAGCUAGUCCACAAGGUCCUGUAAAGAUUGUGCGAUGUCAUGGCAUGGGUGGUAAUCAAGCAUGGGUUUACAAUGACGAGACCAAAAUGAUUAGACAUACAAAUACAGGUCAUUGCUUGUCGAAACCUCAUUCAGGCGACGCGUCACAACCCGUCUUGGCGCAGUGCGAUGUCAAUAACAUCGGCCAAAAAUGGAUCAUGCGUAGCAAAUUCAAAUGGCAAGCUAGCUAAUACGAAUUGACUCUAAACGUCACUUCUAUACGCAAUAAUUGUUAAUAUAUUUAAGAAAUGAUAACCGAAGAAAAAUAGACUUGGCGCGAAGAAUCUUCGUAAGUGCGCACCUAGAUCCAAGUAUUACAAGUGGCUGAAGAAACAAGUUCAGUAUCACGCCUAAUUGCAAUUGAAAUGUGUGCAUCGAAUGGAAUUGACAGUGCGCGUGGAAUCGCUAGUAAUUGAUUGAUUCAAUUCUAUAGGAUCUAUUCGUUAUUGAUAGAACAGUAUCGAGAAUUUACUGCCAUUCUUCGUGUAUGGCACAGUCCUUAAGAGACGGCUUGUUCAAUACACACAAGAGUGACAGAAACGAACUUUUUUGACCACGUGUAGACACGAGUGUGGACUAAACGAUGAAACAAAGUGAACGUUUUGUUCUUCUUUCCUGACUAAGAGAAGCAGUAGAGAAGAAAGCAUAUCAGAUCACACUGUUAUAAAUAAAAUAAGGUAAAUAAUUGUUAAUACAGAAGAGACAUAUUUGAUAAUUUCAGAUGAGUGCAAUGACGGAUGAUUGAUUGACCAUUAGAUCAGUGCGCAAUAAUGAAAUGUGAAUAUUCUAGAAAUGCAUCGCGAAACAAUGACGGAGUGAAUGCUGGAAUGCUAAUGAAAUCAAUGUGACGCUAUCGAUAAUAAUAUAGAAAUUAUUAUUGUAUAAUCCAUUUAAUAACUAGGAAAGAGCACUGAAUCUUUUUAUAUUCAUGUUUCUAAUAGUUCCUCCUCGUUGCAUCUCGUUCAUAUAAUUUAAUUGUUACGCGUCGUUUCGCGCAAAGAAUGUACUUAUCCGGACUUUUUACGGCAAUAUACAGAGAAUCCUUCCAUCAAGUUUUAGUUAGAUGCAUGCGAUUAUUAAUUGUCAUUCAUUACAGAGACGUAAUGCAAUUUUUUAAUGUACAAAGUGUCUUCCAUGAUUAACGAUAACAAGCGAAUAUUUUUUCUGCGGUAUAAACAGAUAUAGCGCACACAACAUUGCGAAUUAUAUGUUAAACUAUUUCCUUAGACGAUGUUUGAUUUGCAAAAAUAAAUAUUCGAUGAAAAAUUACGCUUAAAAAGAAAAUAAUUUUAGACACUUGUGUCAUGUAAAAAUUAACUGACAAAAAAUCAGUUUCUGUUUCAAAUUCUAGUAUUUUCGUUUUUGACAUCAAGUUUUGUAUUUUUUUUGUCUUUCCAACAAUUAUAGAAAUUAAUUUUUUUCGCUAUAUUAAAAGAUUCUUAAAUUUAUAUUUCUUUAAAACAAGUAUUUAACAAAUUUUCACUCUUGUGAAUAACUUCCAACACGACUUUAAAAGAGACUUCCUUUAUAAAUGCGAUUGAAUGACAAAUAUACUCAUUAUUCUUAUGUAAUCCAAAAGAAUGUUAUGGUGAUGGUGCAACGUUAAUAGCUUGACAUUUGUCUUCUAAGACUGUGGUAUUUAUUUUUGUAUAAAACACAAAUUGAGACUUAUAUGUUAAAAUAAGUGAUGUUAUAGUCCACUUUAUAGAUGAUCUAUAAAAUAUCCGUUCGUGAUCGAGAAAAAUGGUAGUCAAUAGUACCUUCUUGCAAAUACGUCAUUCCUUAAAGGCUAGUUGAUUUCGCUUUACAAAGAAUGCUACUAUUAAUGAAUAAAACUGCUAAUGAACAA